AUGAUCAAGAGGAAGCAUCAGCCGACUCCGCAGGACCUCUACAAGGCGCGCAAGCAGCGCGAGGAAGAGGAGAAGGAGGCAAACUUGCCACCAGGUCUCAUAAACCAUGGGAAUACCUGCUUUAUGAACUCGACGUUGCAGGGGCUCAUGGCGACAGAGCUCCUACACAAUCUCGUAUUCUUUGAGCCCAUCCCUCCGUCCGUCGAGAGCAAGUUCGGAGGGUCAAUCAUUGCGCACCGAUCGCCGCAGCUCACGAACGGGCACGGGCUGGCCGGUCAGUUCGAGCAUCAACGAGUCGAUGAGAUGCCAUUGGGCGACGUGUUCGUUGACGUCAUGCGGAAAGCCUGGGACAUUCAGCAGAGUCAUCGGAGGGAAACCAUGAGUCCAAAGGAGCUGCUCUUCACCAUGGGGCGCAAGUACGAUCAGUAUCUAGACUUCCGGCAGCAAGACGCACAUGAAUUCCUGCGACACAUGCUGGACGCCAUGCGCAUGGAAGAGCAGGAUAUAAUCAAACAACGCCAGCCGCCCCCGCCCAAGGAGUCACGCAAACGCGGUCGUAAGCACCGCAAGUCAGACUCCCCAGUUGCAUCAACGAGCACCGCGGACGGUUCUUCGUCCACAAACGGCCCGCCCUCUGCGCCAGAAGAGCAACUUGUGUCAUUCGUGGAUAUGAUCUUCGGUGGCCACCUUGCGAGCAUCCUGGUGUGCGAGAAGUGCAAGAAGGUCUCGCUGACAUAUGAGGAGUUCAAUGACCUGAGUCUCAGCAUAAAACCUGAAGACUACGCCAAGGGUCGGAAGCGGGACCGCUUCAAGCGCUUCGCACGUAAGCUGCGUGGUCCGUUUCGUCCUGCAAGCGGAAGCACACAGCGCUCGUCUUCUGUGCCUGCGGACCGCGCCCGGCGAAGCCUUGAGACUGAACCGCAUGAAGAAGAGCCACCAGUGAACGAGGGCCCUCGACGGAAGAGUUUCGACCACGUCGCGGAGGGCGGAGAGGCUGAAGCAGAGAUGAACGAAGUGCGUGACGUCGUUGAGGGGAUGACGAGGCAAACAUCUCCACGGCUGUCAACGGCGGUUGAGGACCAGGAGGUGAGCCCAGAAGGGAGCGAGGGUCUUGAGGGAAUGGGCAAGGAGAGAGGUAGCGCUGAUGAUGAAGCUGGUCAUGAAAAAGGAAAGGCCAGGAGGAAGGACAAGGACAAAGUCGACCCUUGGGGGCGUUUCGGACGGCGCCUGAGUGUGUCGGUCAAGAAAGGGAUGAAGGCGUUGGACCCUGGUAGCCCGACUCGGUCUGUUGAGAGGGGACGGAAGGGACAACCCAAAGACCGUGACGAGGCGCGUACCUCCAAGGAUAGUGAGCGGGAAUCUCAUCCGCGAACACAGAUCACUGCCGCGCAGGCCCAGGAUAGUGGGUCUGAUAUGAGCGAUCCAGAUGUCUCCAGGUUGCGAAGCACAUCGUCGCCUCUGCCUAUUAUAACCUCACCUCUCGCCAAUCCGCCUAUAAGCGCGCCGACACGGCCAGAGGUCAAGCCCGGGACGACGUUUGGUGGCAGGAAGAAGCCCCCGCACGCACCUAAGCCUUCGCGUCAAGAACAAGCAUACCUACGACAGCUGCUGGCAGACGUGCAUGCGUCCAACGCAAACCCGUUCUCCGUCCUGCACCAUGUGAUCUCGGAUGCUACGCACGGCACGCCGCCCGCUGCUGCUGCGCAGGCUGCAUGGGCAAAGCUGGGACACCUCCCGGGUAUCGAGGAAUGCCUCCGCAUGUUCACAUCCGUCGAGAUACUGGAUGGCGAGAACAUGGUUGGAUGUCACAGGUGCUGGAAGAUCGCGCACGGGAAGUACAAGCCCGAAAGACAGGGUGUGGUUGCUGAUGAUGAUGAUGACGACGACGCCGGUAGCAAUGGGGAGGGAACAGCAAGCAGCCCCUCGGACCAAGUUCUAGGAGACAAGCUUCCUGAAGCCGUGCGGGAGCCGCCUAUGAGCCCUUCUAGUGAGACUUUGUCCUCGUCGCCAGACGCAAACGGGUAUAUCUCGCCUGCGUCCACUCCUGCCAUCCGGAGUGUAACAUCCUUCUCGGACACCAUGUCUGAUGCGACGUCGAUGACAGCACCGACCACUAUGGGCUCUGUGACAGCCACGAUUGAGAAGGCGAGUUAUCCGCCAUUAGUGUCGCCGACCCGCCCCACGACCUAUGGCGGUCUACCCAUCCCCUCGAUUUCGACGACAGGGCCCGAAUCCCCAGUUGCGACGUCUCGACGCUCGCCCAUCGACAAGACUGGUGAAGAAUCUUCAGACCGGAGGUCGGACAGCCCACUGGGCGUCUCGCCUUCAGACGACUCACUACUCACACCGAAGCCGAAACGUCGUUCGAAGGCCGGCACGGGCGCAGAGGAUAUGAAGAGUGAUAGCUCCGAUGACGAGUAUGACUCCGACAGCGAUGUCUCAGGUAGCACGUCCGUCUACUCGGGAGGUUCAUCUGUUGCGUCGGCCGCAGCCUCUCCUGUCGCUUCACCGAGAGCGUCUGUGGAGAACGUGCAGACUGUUGGGCCGACAGAAAAGCGACCGAAGCUAGCCCCGUCCGAUCCCUCAUCCGCGAAGGUGUCGCGCUCCAGACAAGUCAUCCUCCGUCGGAUGUACAAACGCUAUCUAAUUGCGGACCCUCCUCCAAUUCUCGUGGUUCACCUGAAACGCUUCCAGCAGACAGGCCGGACGCAUACCGUCACGUUCACGGGCGGCGUGAAGAAGCUCGACGAGUUUGUCUCGUUCCCCGAAUAUCUCGAUGUUGCUCCGUAUCUUGCGCCGCGCAGAGAGGAUUUUGGACUUGAUGACAAGGCGACGAGGGCCGAGGCUAAGGAAGCGGGCAAGGAUGCCCGGUUUGUGGUCCACAUCGGCAAUAUGCUGGGUGGCCACUACGUCGCAUACACCGCCUUGCCCCCUUCGCACCCACUAGCAGGCAGUUCAAAGCCAGGGGGUUCGUCAGGUUCUGAUACGCCUAGCGCUCAUAAACCCUCUAUUGAAAUUGCUGAAGGCGUGGUCAAGCCUCCGAAGCCGCACAGACAGUGGGCCUACAUCAGCGACACUGUAGUGCGCCUCACGACGCUCGAGGAGGUGCUCAAAGCGAAGGCGUAUAUAUGUGGUGGGCUCCUAGAGUCGGACAUUGCUGUAUCGUAUACCUAA